UAUAGAUGUCAUGGCUGUUUCAAUGAGCCACUUUUUUGCACAGACUGUUGCAGAAUCCAGCAUCAAAGACAUCUAUUCCAUUGCAUCAGUCAAUGGACUGGAUCAUUUUUUCAAGAAACUUCACUCAUUAAAGUUGGCCUGCACAUUCACCUUGCUCAUGACUGCACUCCAUGUCCC